CGCUUGGAUUAAGGACAAUAGCUGCAGGAUGUUUUCCCAAGAAUGAAAUAUAUAAAAUAGGAAGAAAAGCAAAAAAGGAGACAAUCACCUUCAGAUCAACCAGAAAGUCUCAAAGAUAAAGUCCCAGCAAGAAAAUGACGGUUGUAGGGAUAUUUUUGUUUAUUUUGCUGCUUGCGCUGCUAAUUUUUCUCUUCCUGAAACAACUCUGGUCUCGAAGACAUCUGCCUCCCGGUCCUUUGGCUCUACCUCUCAUCGGGACCUUGUGGGCUGAUGGGUUUUCGUUCCGUGAAGAUUAUUUCCAUAAGCAUGUAAAACGAUAUGGAAAUAUAUACUCCAUGUGGACUGGACCUCAACUUUUAGUCGUGCUGUCUGGAUUCAAAGCUGUGAAAGAAGGAAUGACCAGCUUCCCAGAAGAAUUCUCUAAUCGACUAGAGGAACCUUUCUUCACUGCUUUAGGGAAAGGAAGGGGAAUUAUACUUUCCAAUGGCCACAACUGGAAACAGCAGCGACACAUUGGCGUCACUUCUCUGCGGAAGCUGGGCCUGGGGAAGAAAAGCAUUGAGCAUCAGAUAGAAGACAUAGCUCAGACACUGGGGGAGAUCUUUAGGCAAACAAAAGGACAGCCAUUUGACCCUACAUUUCAAAUACAACAUGCAACUUAUAACGUCAUCUGUUCUUUGACUUAUGGAUAUCAUUUUGCUCCUGAAGAUGAAAACUUGCAGAAGUUCAUUCAAGCCCUUGAAAUUAUAGUGAAAUUCCCUGGCGACUUUUUCCAUUUGAUGUAUAAUGUGUUCCCACGAUUAAUGAGCUACCUCCCAGGCCCUCACAAGGAGGCCCUGGCUUCUGUGGAUUUGGUUGUCCCUUUUGCAAAGCAGGAAAUCGAGAAACACAAGGAAUCCCGCACUUUGCACGAGCCACAGGAUUUCAUUGAUUACUAUCUUCUUCAGAUGGAGAAGAGCAGGAAUGACCCCGACUCUACCUACAGUGAAGAGAACCUGGUUCAGUGUAUUCUUGAUUUUUUUUCUGCUGGAACAGACACAACCUUGACUACUAUGAAGUGGGCACUGCUCCUCUUAACAAAUUAUCCGGACGUCCAAGAGAAAGUCCAGAAAGAGAUAGAAGAUGUGUUUGGCUUCUCACGGUCAAUUUCCUACCAGGAUCGGAAGAAGCUGCCCUAUACCAAUGCUGUGAUUCAUGAAAUGCAGCGUUUCAAAUACGCUUUGCUAAUUGGGCUUCCCAGACAAAGUACAAAGGAUGUGAAGAUGAGGGGUUACCACAUUCCAAAGGGGACCAUUAUCGUCCCAGACCUGCGCUCUGUUCUUCUUGAUCCUGAACAAUGGGAGACACCUGAAGAAUUCAACCCAAAUCACUUUUUGGAUAAGGAUGGGAAGUUCCUCAAUCGAGAAGAGUUUCUGCCAUUCGGACUAGGUCUGCGUUCCUGUGUGGGAGAGCAGCUGGCAAGAAUCGAGGUCUUCGUCUUUCUGACCAACCUGUUGAGGGCCUUCAGCUUCCGGUUGCCUGAAGGAGUGAAAGAACUCAACGAAGCACCUGUUGCAAAGCUGAUAACGCAUCCACAGCCUUACAAACUGUGUGCUAUUCCCAUACAGGCUUAAAUGUAUAAAAACAACAUUUAAAAAAGCAUAAAACUAAUUACAGAA